AUGACCUCUGGACAACACAAGCAGCCUGAGAAAAGGACCAGCAAACCCCCAGGACCUCUGGACAACACAAGCAGCCCGAGAAAAGGACCAGCAAACCCCCAGGACCUCUGGACAACACAAGCAGCCCGAGAAAAGGACCAGCAAACCCCCAUGACCUCUGGACAACACAAGCAGCCCGAGAAAAGGACCAGCAAACCCCCAGGACCUCUGGACAACACAAGCAGCCCGAGAAAAGGACCAGCAAACCCCCAGGACCUUUGGACAACACAAGCAGCCCGAGAAAAGGACCAGCGAACCCCCAGGACCUCUGGACAACACAAGCAGCCUGAGAAAAGGACCAGCAAACCCCCAGGACCUCUGGACAACACAAGCAGCCUGAGAAAAGGACCAGCAAACCCCCAGGACCUCUGGACAACACAAGCAGCCCGAGAAAAGGACCAGCAAACCCCCAGGACCUCUGGACAACACAAGCAGCCUGAGAAAAGGACCAGCAAACCCCCAGGACCUCUGGACAACACAAGAAGCCUGAGAAAAGGACCACCCGAGAAAAGGACCAGCGAACCCCCAGGACCUCUGGACAACACAAGCAGCCCGAGAAAAGGACCAGCGAACCCCCAGGACCUCUGGACAACACAAGCAGCCCGAGAAAAGGACCAGCGAACCCCCAGGACCUCUGGACAACACAAGCAGCCUGAGAAAAGGACCAGCGAACCCCCAGGACCUCUGGACACAAGCAGCCUGAGAAAAGGACCUUCAAACCCCCAGGACCUCUGGACAACACAAGCAGCCCGAGAAAAGGACCAGCGAACCCCCAGGACCUCUGGACAACACAAGCAGCCUGAGAAAAGGACCAGCGAACCCCCAGGACCUCUGGACACAAGCAGCCUGAGAAAAGGACCAGCGAACCCCCAGGACAUCUGGACAACACAAACAGCCUGA